AUGCAAGUCUUGCACAUAUAUAUAGAUUAUAUGCAAGUCUUGCACACACACACACACACACACACAUAUAUAUAUGCAAGUCUUGCACAUAUAUAUAUAUGCAAGUCUCUGGCGCCUACAGUUGUAGAUGUUCAGGUCCUGUUACUGAAACGCUGCUCCAUUCAUCUCAGGACUUGCUCCUCCCCACUCCUCCCUCACCCCUAUGCCAAACCUCCACCAUUCAACAGGAGCAAACCCACAGGUGCCCAAGCCUUGCAGGACUUUAACAUCUCCAACUGUAGGUGCCCGAGACUUGCAUAUAGUCUCAGGCACCUACAGUUGGAGAUGUUCAGGUCCUGUUACUGA